GAGGAGGAGGAGGAGGAGGAAGAGCAGGACAAGGAGGCCUCAGCAUCACAGGGAGGAGAGGCCAAGAGGAGGAAAGAUUCCCCGAAACGCAGUGAGGGCGUCGAAUGAGGAGGAGAAGAGGAGCCCGGAGGGCAUUGGAUAGGCUCGAUCCAGGAUGGCAGCUCCAGACUUGCUGGACCCCAAAGCGGCCACUCACAACACCAAGCCCCGCCUCUCCUUCUCCACAAAGUCCAUCACGCUGACUCCACGAGAGGAAAGCGAGGUGGUCGCCACGGUGAUGAAAAGGAAGACGGUGACCGCCAUCUUUCUUUUGAUCGUCUUCUACCUGGUGAUGGGCGCGGCCGUUUUCAGGUCCCUGGAACAGCCUCAUGAGAGUGCUCAACGCUUGGCCAUCUUGACCCAGAAGUUGGACUUUCUGGCCAAACACUCCUGCGUCAACAACAGUCAUCUGGAGGAUCUGGUUAAGCAAGUCGUGGCAGCCAUCCGCUCGGGAGUGAACCCUGUUGGGACACUCGCCAAUCCAAGCAGCCUGUGGGACCUGAGCUCCGCCUUCUUUUUCGCAGGGACUGUCAUCACCACCAUUGGCUUCGGGAACAUCUCUCCUCACACGGAGGGCGGGAGAAUCUUUUGCAUCGUCUACGCUCUGUUGGGCAUCCCACUUUUCGGCUUCCUCCUGGCCGGCAUAGGCGACCAGCUGGGCACCAUCUUUGCAAAGAUCAUCGCUAGAGUGGAGAAGAUGUUUGUGCACUGGGACAUCAGUCAGACGAAGAUCCGGGUCAUAUCUACGUUGCUGUUUGUGCUCUUUGGCUGCUUGCUGUUCGUGGGGCUCCCGGCAGCCAUCUUUCAACACAUCGAGGGCUGGUCAGCGCUGGAGUCGCUUUACUUUGUGGUCAUCACUUUGACCACCAUCGGCUUCGGGGACUUUGUUGCAGGGGGGUCAGAAAUCGAGUACUUGGACUACUACAAACCAGUAGUUUGGUUCUGGAUUUUGGUUGGACUGGCCUACUUUGCCGCCAUCCUCAGCAUGAUUGGAGACUGGUUAAGAGUCAUUUCGAGGAGGACCAAAGAAGAGGUGGGAGAGAUCCGCGCCCACGCAGCCGAAUGGACGGCCAACGUGUCAGCAGAACUGAAGGAAACGCGCCGACGAGUGAGUGUGGAAAUCUACGACAAAUUCCAGCGGGCUGCUUCCAUUAAACGUAAACUGUCAUCCGAGCUCGGUUUCAGCCCCACCGCAGAAUUUGGGCUACCGCGAAGGACGGUAUCAGCCAAUCACAGUGAGGAGCGGGAGAAGAGAGACAAAGAGGCGGGGCUACCGGGGCUGACGCCUCAGCUAAACCGGAACUGCGGCUUAUUUAUGAACGGUCUGGACCUGGAAAGAGGCGAUAUGGCCAUUAUUGAACAUGUUAAGUGAAGGGCAGUUUGUUGUAUCGUGACCUGCUCGAAAAUCUUGUGGAUUUCUUAACCAUUUCCAGCUUUUCUGGGAGAGGUCUGGGAGUUUAAAUGUCAAUCAACAAUGGAAGCAACCACUAAAUAUUCAAACAGGAGCAAAUGUUAACAGUUUGUUCAUUCGUGUUCCAUUGUUCUCAAAUUAUUUGGGUCCUGGGACCUCCUUAUAAUUUUCACACCAAUUAAGCAUAACUACCCAUAUCUACCCUCUCUAUGCCUGAAUACAUAAUAGCUGCUCAUUCGAGAGAAAAAAAGUUGGCACGUAACAAUAACAAGUUUCUGUUUGAGUUGCUCCGUUGUCAUAAAAAACGUUGUAAUC